AUGGUUGAUCGACAGGAAAUAAGACCGUUUUCAUUUCUGUCGCGGUAUAAAAUACCGUUUUGCACGGCACAGUACAAUAGACUGUUCAACAGUUGUCGAGUGCCGGAUUUUGAGAAGGAUCAGUUCCAUCACUGGGACGAUUCCAAGCACAUUGUCGUUUACUGUAACGGGUGCUGGUUUCGUCUCGCUGUGCACACCGGUAAACGCUUAUAUGAACCAGCCGAGUUGCAAAGGGGCUUUGAGGCAAUUUUGGACGAGAAGGUUGUUCCGGAGCAGGGCGAGGAUUUUAUAGCGGCUCUGACAGCGGGAGAUCGCGAUUCGUGGGCAAAAGCACGCCGAAAUUAUUUUUCUACCGGAGUGAACAGAAUUUCGCUGCACGCAAUUGAAAGAGCUGCAUUCGGAAUCAUACUAGAUGAACAUGAAGUAUUCUACGACCAGGUGCGCUUUCCAUCGCUGGCUGCUCGCUCGUCCACCUCUUUGAGAGUUGAAUGA